AUGAUCUGCAAGAUGCGAGCAGGGGUGCCAUGUGGGGUUAGCCACUUCACAUCACCGACGUCUACAGUCAUGGCUUCGUCGGGCAGCGUGUUUUCCGACACGCUUCGAUCAAUCACCACUACGAAGCUCGACGAGCUGUCCAAGAAGCGCGCCAGCUUCGAACAACAGUAUGCUGCAAUCCUGGCCGCCGUCGAGGCCACGACCGACCCUCUCGACCGCUUUUACACCCUGAUUGAUGGAGUAAAAACCUGCUUCGCCGCCAAAACCAUUGCCAGUAAGAGUACCUCUACAGGACGCCAGAGGAUUGGCCCAGUUGUCAGUGGCUCCACCGGCAAGCCUCGUCUCGAAGCCGAUCUCAAAUACCUCGACCGGUUCAUUGAGCAAGCCCGCUACGACCCUUCUGUCCUUCCUAGGCUCCAGGGCGAGUGGGACAAGAUACUCCUUCGUCAUCUCAGUGUCCAAUCCAUCAAGUACGAGUAUGCUACCCUUUAUGGACAGCUAGUCACCGAAUGGCUCUCCUCCCAGCAAAAGUCUAGCUCGGCCCCUACAGGUGACGUAGAGAUGUCCGACGUGUUUGAGGAAGUCCCCGCUGCAAAGAAGCUAGAGUCUCGUGCCUUAUGGGAGCAAUCGGUUUUCGAGCCGUUCGACGUCAACCUUACAGCUCUGAAGUCAUAUUUGGAGAACCUGUUCAAGCCCAUGGACGAAGACAAACGAGACGUCUACAACGCUUUCAAGCAACUUCAACGACAGGUCGGGAUCUAUGAGUCGACAAUGUCACGACCAGCACAGUUCAACACCAGCUCCCUAGGCUGGACCAUUGAGGGCCUACUAUCCUCUGACCUACUCAAUGACGAGAAGCGAGCUGUCUUGAAGGACUUCAAGAGCAAUCCAACGAUUCUCGGAGAAAUUGCAGAUGUCUUGAACAUGCGGAUGGCUGCCCUUGAUGACUGGUCCUGGGGCCCCGAUGUUCCGGUCGAGCAGCGUCGUAGGCUCAAUGGCAUAUACUCCAUUCACCUGCAUGAAGAUCUCCUGCAGGCAAUAUUUCUUCAGUACAUUGGCAUGCAAUGGUGCGUUUUCUUCAAGCGUGAGCUGAAGAGAUUCCGAAAGGUCAAGGGAGCGUGGAAUCCGCUGAGAAAUACUGUCCCGAAACUCGAUCACAAACGCCGAGAAUAUUUCCUAGGCCCACAGAAGCAAACCCCAACUUUACAGACAAAGCGUCGGAGUAUCCAUCGCCAGAAGUACUUCUUAGCACAGCUGCCUGACACAGUAUAUCAAAAUAUCGUGGCGGACGAAGGAGACGAAGAGGCUGCGAACUUUAACAUGGAGUCGGACGAAGACGAAGAUGACGGGGACGCGCAUGCAGCUCAAUUUCCAACCCAAAUGCAUGCCCUGGCGGCGAUGCAGGCGCCGCAGGCGCCGAUGGCGCGUCAAUCAGCGCGUCAUUCGGCGCGUCAAUUCUCCCAGAUGGCCAGUAAUCAAAAUGCUAGUGCAGUCUACCCAGCGAGACAGAUGCCACAGGGCUUUCGAGAACGACGGACUAGUCAUCCGGAUCCGGAUGCUGAGAGUGAUGACGGCGACAUUCAAUCGAAGAAUCCCAUGGAGGACAGACAAACUCUCUUGCAUCUGCUAUCAACUGAAAUCGUCAUCAACACCCAGAUACACGGUGAGCUUACCUGCUUCCGAUCUUCGUUCGAAGACUGGAAUUCCAAACUUUCCCACAACACCAUAUUGCUAGUGAUGGGAUUCUUCGGGAUAUCUGCGAAGUGGGUUGCAUUCUUCAAGAAGUUUCUUGAAGCUCCCCUGAAGUUCAUGGACGAGCCAUCUUCGUCGCCUCGCAUCCGCCAACGUGGCACGCCCGGCAAUCAUGCAUUGAGCGAUCUCUUCGGAGAGACGACUCUGUUCUGUCUCGACUACGCGAUCAAUCAGAAGGUGGAAGGUGCGCCGCUGUAUCGGAUGUACGACGAUUUCUGGUUUUGGAGUCCUGAUCAUGACAAGUGCGUCAAGGCAUGGCAAACAGUCAGCGACUUCACCAAAGUGAUCGGGGCUUCAUUGAAGAGGGCAAAGUCUGGCACAGUGCGUGUAGGAAGGGACGCCCAGGAACUUGUGAUUGACGAACGACUCCCCAAAGGCAUUAUUCGAUGGGGCUUCCUGUACCUCAACCCGCAAUCUGGACGUUUCGAGAUUGACCAGAAGAUCAUCGAGUCGCAUAUUGAGGAGCUCCAAACGCAGCUGCGAAGCCAAAAGAGCGUCUUUUCUUGGAUCCAGGCUUGGAACACUUAUGCCACGGUAUUCUUCGCCUCCAAUUUCGGCAAGCCGUCCAAUUGCUAUGGGCGUGACCACGUCGAUAACAUGCUUUCCACCCACAAGCGUAUCCACUCGGCUAUCUUCGCCGCCAUGGGCGACACCGAGAGCAAGAGCGUUGUGGAGUACCUCAAGAAGACUAUCCAGGAGCGCUUCGGUGUGGCCAACAUCCCGGACGGCUUUCUCUUCUUCCCGGUCGAACUCGGCGGUCUUGACCUCCGUAGUCCAUUCGUCAAUCUCCUCCAGAUUCGUGACGCCGUUCUGGAACGUCCGACCGACCUCCUCAAGGACUUCUUCGAAGCAGAACGGGAUCAGUACCGCAAAGCAAAGGCCGCUUUCGAGGGCGGCGCCACACGCCGAAACUCCUACUACCUCGGGGACCCAGAGUGGGAGCCACCUGCCGACGAAAAAGACGUCUUUAUGUCGUUCGAAGAGUUCAUCCGCUAUCGCGAGGAUUAUGCCAGCGACUUCUCCAACGGACUUGUCCAGGUCUUUGAGAAAUUACUCCAGCGGCCCCAGGAGGAAAGCAUUAAUCCGACGCCACAGGUGCUUGAGGGUACACAGACACUACAGACAGGAACACCGGCAAACCUAAGAAACUGGCAUAGCAUGGAGCCCUACUGGAAGUGGGUCACGCAGAUGUAUGGACCAGAGAUGAUGGAGCGGUUCGGUGGCUUGAAUGUCGUUGACCCGGGCCUUUUGCCUAUCGGGAUGGUCAGCUUGUUCCGUGGAAAGAGGGUGAACUGGCAGGGUUGAGUCUGUGCAGUCGGUGGACUUCAAUCUUCGAAGAAGACGAACCAGGUGAGUUAGUGUGCUCACUCAAGAGC